CCAGCGGGGACCCUCCGGCCACGUGGCUGCUGACCCAGGGAUGCUGCCAGGCACCGCUGCCAAUGCAGAGCUCAGGGCCGAGCAGGGCAGAGCCACCACUCCGCUCACCCAUGGCAGCCCCUUCCCGCCGUGCCCUGGCCCGGCUGCAUGGUGUGGGUGCCCCUGAGCCCCACAAGCAGUGACCGCCGGGCCCUGCUGCGUGCUCCCAGCACCACCACCAUGUCUUUGGAGUGGCUGUCAGACUGGAGCUGGUCCCUGGACGGACUCCGGGAUUUCAUUGCCACGGGCAUCCAGUCUUUCCGGGACUGCGACGCCACGGCCCUGGUGGCUGUCGCCUGCCUGCUGGUCCUCUUCGUGUGGUACUGCUACCACGUGGGGCGGGAGCAGCCCCGCGCCUACGCCACAGUGAACGCGCUGAUUCAGAGCGCCGAGGCCAACGGGGUGCAGAACGGGUUCGUGUACUGCCAGUCGCCUGAGUGCGUGCGCUGCUCGCACCACGACGGCCUCAACCAGAAACUCUACCACAACCUGCAGGAGUACGCCAAGCGCUACUCCUGGUCCGGCAUGGGCAGGAUCCACAAGGGCAUCCGUGAGCAGGGCCGCUACCUCAACAGCCGGCCCUCCAUCCAGAAGCCAGAAGUCUUCUUCCUGCCUGACUUGCCCACCACGCCCUACUUCUCCCGGGACGCUCAAAAGCACGACGUGGAGUUGCUGGAGCGCAACUUCCAGACCAUCCUGUGUGAGUUUGAGACCCUGUACAAGGCGUUCUCAAACUGCAGCCUCCCUCAAGGAUGGAAAAUGAACAGCACGCCCAGUGGGGAGUGGUUCACCUUCUACCUGGUGAACCAGGGCAUGUGCGUGCCCAGGAACUGCCGGAGAUGCCCACGGACGUACCGCUUGCUCGGGAGCCUCCGUACCUGCAUUGGCAACAAUGUCUUUGGGAACGCCUGCAUCUCUGUGCUGAGCCCGGGCACUGUCAUCGCCGAGCACUACGGGCCCACCAACAUCCGCAUCCGCUGCCACCUCGGUCUGAAGACACCCAGCAACUGCGAGCUGGUGGUGGGGGGCGAGCCCCAGUGCUGGGCCGAGGGCCGGUGCCUGCUCUUCGACGACUCCUUCCUGCACACGGCGUUCCACGAAGGUGCCCCGGAGGAAGGUCCCCGUGUGGUGUUCAUGGUGGACCUGUGGCACCCCAACGUGGCGGCGGCCGAGCGCCAAGCCCUCGAUUUCAUCUUCGCGCCGGGACGAUGACGGCGCUGCCCGGCCUGGUGGGUUCAGGGCAGCUCAGCCGGGGCCCUCUCCCGGCACACAGCCUCGGUGCUUCCUCCCGGGGGUCUUGUAAAUGGAAACUGUGACGUGUAUCCGCGCCCAUCUCUUUCCUCCAUCCUUGGCUUCAGGGAUUCUUUUCCAAGCGCCGGAGCCUCGGCCCCGCCGGGGCUCGCUGCCAACCCUGCUCCAUUGUGUUCUGUUGCUACUGUGUUUUGCGGUGUUCAGAAGUAGAGUAACAAACCCAAGGGUGCUCGUUUGAAUGUAAUGUAAAAUUUUUCUCGUGGUCAUCAAAGGAACAACACACACACACACACACACACACACACACCAUAACAGCCAACCAGCCUGCCCUGCCCGGGAUGGACGGACAGGUGGACACUGGGGGCUGCCAUGGGCACUGUGCUUCCCUCAGGCUGGGUCUGAUGGGCUGGGCAGGGCACAGCUCUGCUCACAAAGAACCCUUCUGGGGCUCCUGCUUCCUCCUCCAUGUGCCAGCUGGGGCACCCCAGCCCUCCUGCCCUCAGAAACCCCUUUUGUCACCCAGGCAGGGAGCAGAGUUGAUCGCCAGCCCAGCAAGGCAGGAGCCCUGACCUUCACCCUGCUGAGGGAGCAGCACACACAGCAGCUCUUCAGUCUGACCAAGGGUGUUAGCAAUUGCCCAAAUCCCUUCCUUGCUCUAUCUGCAACCCUCAGUUUUCCCAGCUCCCAGCUGGUAGGCCCUGCAGGGGCAGGGAUGCUGUUUGGAAACAGAGAAUGGGGGUUUUGUCUGUCUGUAGGAAGAAAGGAGGUCACCAUUCCUUCUGCUGCUCCAUCUUCUCCUUUCCUCAAGCCAGGGCAGGAACACACAGCGGCAGCUCCCAUGGACCUGACACCACAAGACAGCUUCCCAAGGGGGGCUAAUUCUGCAGCCUGAACAAUGAGGCCCCACCCUGAGGUCCUGCCCACCUAGGGACUACCACGCUUUUCCUAAAGUCCCCCAGCACCAGAGUCUGUUUUGGGGUCUGGGGGCUGGUUUAUAACACCCCCCAAAGAAAAGUGUGUGGUGGAUACUCACAGCUCUAGCUGGAACCCUUUGCCUCUGUGCCCUGCCCAGGAGGGACCAGCCCUGUCCCCCAACAACUUCUUUACAGACUUUUCAGUGAGUCAAUUGCAAGAGAAGGAAGAAAUUUCAAAUACAUCUGAGAUAUUUUUUACACCCGUCUUGUUACAGACUACCUGAAGUGCAUGAUUUCUACACGCAUUGGCUACCUGGACACAGGCCCUGGGGAAGCAGGCUGGCUCUGUCCAAAGGUUGGUAACAUUCAUACAGUGGAUAAGCAAAGAUUAUCAAUAAACAGUUGUGCUGAAAACAGAAUGGGCUUUGCCUGCUGCUCUAAUGAGUCCAGGGUCAAGCAAACACUGAGGGGUUGGGUCCUGCUUAUCUAGCUGCUGGUGGGGAGAAGUGGCCUGGAAAGAGCAGGAGCUGCAGGGUGGGAAGGGGCACGGGCCUGUUUGCCAGGGAUACAGUGAGAAAGGCUAGUGCUCAAAAAUACCCAGCCCAUGGAAACUCUGUCCUGACCAGCCACAGCCUCCCAGGCCUGGAUUUGGCCAGGUUGGAUGGGGCCCUGAGCAACCUGGUCUAGUGGGUGAAUCCUUGCCCAUGGCAGGAACUUGCAGAUGGAUGUUUGAGCUCUUUUCCAACCCAAACCAUCCUGGGAUUCUGUGAUGUCUGUGGAGUCCAGGCUGCCAUGGAGCACAGGGAGCAUCUCCCACAGCCUGCUGGUGGGGGACAGCUGUGGGUUCCAGCCCUGCUGCCUGGCCCAGGGCAGCAGAGACUGUCCACAGCCAUCCCCAGGAGCAGCUGUAGGCCUGAAGCUCCUCACAGAAGCCAUCAGCCUUGCCAGAGCAUCCACAAAACAUUUCAGGAAUUGCUUCCAGCUGCUUGCACUGAUUCAUCAAAGGCAGCAGCUUCCCAGGAGCAGCUCCAGGGCAGAGGGUGCUGCUCAAAUCCCACCCAACUGCCUGCAAACCAAUGCCUCACCCCCUUAAGCACAAAGCCAGCUUGGCAGGGCAGGAAUUUCUCCCCAUGAGCCCCCCUGGCAGCACUCAGACAGGCCCAGCUGAUGGAGCAGAUUAAAAAUGCCCCAUUUUUAAACAUCUUCUCCAGC